AUGCCUCACGUCGACAUCUUGUUCAACCAGUUCCAAAAGAGAAAAACCGAGCCAGAGCAAGUUAAAACGGCUAUCGAUAAUUUUGAAAACUGUAUUGUCGAAGUGAGAAAUAAAAUUGAUGACAUAAUAAAUGAAGCCAAAAGUAUUUGCACUGAACCCCAAGGCAACAAAAGGAGACGACGUAAAAAUAGCAGUCACGAUCACCGAGUUGCCGCAUUAGAAGUAUGUGACAAUAUAGUGAAUUCUGCAAAUGACAGAUUUCAAUUCAAAGAUCAUUUGGUAGCCGCAUCCCUUUUUUUCCCCGAACACUUUGGAGAAUACUGUGGUACUGUCUCUGUUGGAGCCAACGAAAGCAUAAUACUUGCUGAAUCCUCCACCUCGGCCAUCAGUGACACUCUGGCCCCCUCAAGUGCAAAAGAAAUUACUACUCCUGCAAAGAAAAUUAAUAUGUCAUAUUUACCAGAAACUGAAGAAACCCAAAAAUUAUAA